AUGCGGUUACACUCCAUCUUUAAUUUGGCCGCCCUUGUGGCGCCAAUCGCCGCCUCGGUCCUACCAAACAAUGAACGGUUACACGCGGCGAGAGACACGCGAGCAACCGCGUUCACACCAGCCAAGCCCAUAUCCUUCUCGAGAAAACGAACGGAGCCGGCAUCAUUGCAGGCACGGCAAAGCAGCAAUGUCCAGGUGGCCUUCGAUGAACUUGUUACAACCGUCUGGGGCGAGAGCGUGAUGGUGAUUGGAUCUAUCGAUGCUUUGGGUAAUUGGGAUACUUCAAGCGGACUAUCCCUCUCUGCCAGCCAGUACACGGCCGACCAUGCACUCUGGAGCGGUACCGCGAGCAUACCUGCAGGCACAUCCUUUCAGUACAAGUACAUUACGAUUGGAACGGAUGGAACCAUCACAUGGGAGGCGGAUCCAAAUCACUCUUACACUGUGCCCAGCAGCGGCUCCAGUGCCACCAUUUCAGACUCGUGGCAAAGCGGUUCUACGACGACCACGACAUCUGCUGCUGCAUCAACAUCGACGACCGCAGCGAGAGACACUGGCUGUACGAAUGGAGCGACUUCUCGCAACUGCUGGAGUGAUGGCUACGACAUCAAUACUGAUUUCGAUACCGACUGGCCAACCACCGGUCGAACUGUGACGUACGAUUUCACCAUCACCAACACCACUCUUGCGCCUGAUGGAUACCAACGUCAGGGCUUCGCCAUCAACGGCCAAUUUCCCGGUCCGACCAUCUACGCGAAUUGGGGUGACACUAUCCAGGUCACGGUCACCAACCAGUUACAGAACAACGGGACUGGGAUCCACUGGCACGGCAUGCGCUUGUAUCAUCAGAACUCUAUGGACGGAGUGCCUGGUGUGACCGAAUGCCCAAUUGCGCCAGGCUCAAGCAAGACCUACACGUUUCAGGCCACUCAAUAUGGCACUUCCUGGUAUCAUUCGCAUUUCAGCGCGCAAUAUGGCGAUGGUGUUUGGGGUCCCAUGGUGAUCGAGGGUCCAGCUUCUGCAGACUACGACAUCGAUCUCGGUCCUCUACCCAUCCAAGAUUGGUACUACCCGGGCAUUUACGCCACGGCGGCGCGCGCAGAGCACUCCAACGCCCUCGCUCCCACAGCCGACACAGGCCUCAUAAACGGCACGAUGGUGUCCACAUCGGGUGGCGCCUACGCCCAGACCAUCCUCACAGCCGGCAAGGUGCACCGUCUCCGCCUCAUCAACACAGCAGUCGACAACCACUUUAUGUUCUCCCUCGACGGGCACACCCUGACCGUCAUCGCCGCCGACUACGUACCUAUUGUUCCUUACAACACCACUUGGAUCUUUAUUGGCAUAGGCGAACGCUACGAUGUUCUCAUAACAGCCGAUCAGUCCCCCGGCUCGUACUGGUUUCGCGCCGAAGUACAAGACACUGCCGGCUGCGGCAGCAACUUUCAAAACGGCAACAUUCUCUCCAUCUUCUCCUACGAAGGCCAUGAAUCCGAGACGCCCAGCAGCAAUGCAACCUCUUACACUCAGCGCUGCACAGACGAAACGCAACUGGUCCCGUACUGGAAUUCCUACGUUCCGCAGGGAGAUAUCCCCGACGAAUUCGAAGUCCUCGACACUGCCAUCAACCAGAGCACCUCGGCCGAUGGCUCCUUGAGCCUCUACUGGCAAGUAAACGGCGUGCACCUCGUAGCAGACUGGGCGGACCCCACAUUGUCCGGCGUUCGGUCUGGUCAAUCGACCUGGUCUAGCGAAUCCUCCAUCAUCAGCCUCAGCGAAGGACAAUGGUCCUACUGGGUGAUAACAGAGGGAACGGGCUCUCCAUUCAACGUCAAUAUCCCUCACCCCAUACACCUACACGGCCAUGACUUCUACGUGCUCGGCUUUGGUACGAGUGCGUGGACAUCCUCCGACAAGAACAAUCUCAAUUACGAAAACCCCCCUAGGAGAGACGUGGCCAUGUUGCCGACGAACGGAUGGUUGGCCCUGGCAUUUUAUAGUAAUAACCCUGGGGCUUGGAUCAUGCACUGCCAUAUCGUGAGUAGCUCAAAUGUCUCCCGAAACCCCAAUCAAUGAUUGGAUUGCUAAUGAACUCGAUAGGCAUGGCACGCCGACGAAGGAUUUGCUGUCCAAUUCCUCGAAUCCCAAGACACGAUGUUGAAGGUCGACUCUCUACCAUCAGAUUACGACAGCCAGUGUGACUCUUGGGACAACUACUACCCGUCCUCGGCUGCAUAUCUGCAGAGCGAUUCGGGAAUCUAG